AUAUUAGGUAGGACUCGUAUUCCACCGUGGCAAAAAACGAGUAUCCCAGCGCGCGACACGUGUCGUCGGGCCCCACCCGGUCAGACCUCCAAUAUUUUGAAAAUAUAGCGCGUCUCUCUCCUCUCAUCUCUCACACUCUCGCGCCCCAACCCCUCUCUCUCCUCCCGGCUCAGAACUUGGCGCUCCCUCCGACUCUUCCGACGCCGGCGCCUCCGCCUCCGCCGACGACACCGACGCCGACGCCGACGCUCCUCUACGCGCUCGCGCUCCCAACCUCUCUCUCCUCCCAGACGCGACGCCUCCGACGCCGACGCCUUCUGCACUCUGAGAACUCGCGCUCCCUCCGACGCGACGCCUUCGACGCCGCCUCCGACGCCGACGACGAAGGCCCACGGCCCUAGCCCUAGCUGACGCCGACGCCGACGACGAAGCCCGACGCCCUAGCCGCCGCCCCAGGCCUAGCCGACGCUGACGCCCUCCGCCUCAACUAGCUCUGCACCUCUCGACGCCGACGUCGACGCUGACGCCGUCGCCCUAGCCCUAGUCGACGCCUUGCAGUUGUCACCGCCGUCCGACGAAGCUGUACCACGCCCCGCUCCGCCCUAGCUUCGAGAGGUACAGAUUUGAACUGAUUCAGCGUUUUAUUCCCGUGUGCAGACUGUGGAUGCUGUUCAAAAUGACCUGUUUGAAAGGCAUUUUGAAUUGUGUUAGCAUUGAGUAUUCCUUUAAAGGGUGGCAUUUUAUUCGACUUUCAAUAAAACGUUUCUCUCUGCGUCUGCUGACCAAUUGUGAUUGUUGUGACUACUGUUGCUAUUGCUGCUGUAUUCCGUCUGCCCAAUUUCUAGCAUGGUAUUAUUAUCUGCAUAAAAAAAGUAAAGGAGGAAGCAGAGGUAAGGAGCUUAGUUGGGUGUUUCUGAUGUAGUUACUUUGAUUUUUUUGGAGAUUGCUUCUCGUCUGGGACUUCUUCCAGGUUCAGCGAGGCAUUUUGGCAUAAAUGCCGAUGUUAAUAGCGUAUUGUCUAUGGCAGACAUUGUUCUUUAUGGUUCUGCACUUUUAUUGUUUGAAGUCAUGAGUAUGAAAAAGACUCUGUAAGAGGAGGGAGAUGGCACAACAAGAGAUAAUGUGGUUUGGACAAGUGAAAUGGAUGAUGUGUUGAUAGAUGGGUUGUUGGUGGAACAAAGAAAAAGCAACCGUCACAAUAGCCUGUUUAACAGCGAGGCUCACCACAAUACCGUGAAAACCUCGAGGAACUCCUUUAGUCCAUCUAUUCAGAAAUCUAGAAUACAGAAUAGAAAGAAGACAAUGAAGAAGUAUUUUGCCAGAGUGUAGCAAUACAUUUCAUGGUCGACUUUACUUGGAAUGCCAUCACGUGGAUGUUUGAUGCUCCAGAUAAAGGAGAAGUUACUUCUUCAAGAAUACAACAACUGCAUAUAUUCCCAGAGAGACGUGAAGCAAGAAGGUGGAGGCCACUGCCUAUUCACAGUUACGACAAGCUUUCUGAACUUUAUUCACAAGAUAGAGCAAUUGGUGAGCAUGCUGAAACUACUGGAGAGAGAGGCUUCCCGACAACUAGAGUUAAAUGACUCGCGGUCGCAGGAUAAUCUCAUGGUCCGGAUAAAAGACUUGAUUGGUGGGUCGCAAUGCAUUUUUGCUGGAUGUGUUCAAGAGUCAGUGCGGAAGGCUGAGCACGGGAACGGAAAGAGUCACAAACACCCUAGAAAAGAUGCGGCGGCUAAAGCUGAUGCAGACAAUGUCCUUGAAGAACGCGAUCCCCAGUACGAUGUGAUGCUUAGCCAGAUGGUGGGUCGGAUUCGAUCAAAACCUGGAGGAAAACUUGAGAUGGGUGAGAACAAGGAGCUGUAUCAGAAGAUGUUCACCGAUGAGGAGAAGCGGGCCAAGUUCUUGUGGUGGAGGGUCCAGUUCUUGGAGAGGAGCAUCCGGAAGCUCGAUUUCAAUCCGGGUGGCACUUGCACCAUUUUUCAGGUGAGCGAUCUCAAGAAUUCCCCGGGACCGGAGAAGCGCGAGCUCCGGAUCGCCAACAAGCAGGCUCUCCAGAUGCUUCAGGACAACUAUCCCGAGUUCGUGGCCAAGCAAGAAUGUUCACAUUGAUUUCCUGGUUGAUGAGUUAUGUUCGGCUGUCCUGUUGUUUGAAUUGACGAUUUUUGUGGGUUCAAAUGGGGUUUUUGGUUAGGUGUUUAUCAAUGUUCCCUGGUGGUAUUUGGCGUUCUAUGCAAUGAUCAGCCCUUUUUUGACCCAUAGGACCAAGAGCAAGUUUGUGUUUGCAAGCCCCUCGAGAACCGCGGAGACGCUUUUCAAGUACAUUUCUCCUGAGCAGGUACCGGUGCAGUAUGGUGGCCUGAGCAUAGAUUAUUGCGAUUGCGAUCCUGAAUUUACUGUUUCUGACCCUGCAACCGAGAUGACAGUUAAGCCGGGGACCAAACAAA